CGCAGCAGUAAGUCCUUCUGUCCUUGGCGUUACUUCGUCUUCGGAAAAGGCGGCUGAAGUCCGUCGUACUUUAACAUUUUAAUCCUCACACCUCUCUCGGGGGAAUUUUUGUUUUAAACAUCAUCAGCAGCUAUCUGGAAUUUGAAUCAUCUUGGUUUCCCAUUACUGUGCACAUUCCCCUUCCAAUCUAAGGAACUUGUCUCCGAAAAGUUGUCACCCGUCUGUGGUGCAGGUCUCGCGAGAAGGCGACCGUCUCGCGUUAUUUCCUUGUUUCCAGAAUCCUUAGCGCGGAGUGGAAGAAGACUCUCUUAGCUCCGCUUCUUUUGAUUACCGCGGAUUCCUCAGCGGCUUCUCAGGUUCUGAGUCUGUGUGAGAAAUGGCGGCCCCAGAACAGCCGCUGCCGAUUUCCAGAGGAUGCCAGAGCUCUGCUUCGCUUUCUCCCCCGCGGGGCGACCGAACCCUUCUAGUGAGGCACCUGCCAGCCGAGCUUACCGCUGAGGAGAAAGAGGACUUGCUGAAGUAUUUCGGGGCGCAGUCCGUGCGCGUCCUAUCUGAUAAGGGCCGCCUGAAACAUACAGCUUUUGCUACUUUCCCUAAUGAAAAAGCAGCUGUAAAGGCAUUGACAAGACUUCAUCAACUGAAACUUCUGGGUCAUACUUUAGUUGUUGAAUUUGCAAAAGAGCAAGAUCGAGUUCAUUCACCAUGUCCUCCUUUGGGCACUGAAAAAAAGAAAAGGUCUGAUGAUCCUAUGGAAGAUGAUAAAGAAAAGAAAGAACUGGAUUGUUUAACCAUAGAAAAUGGAAUUGCACCAAACCAUGGGCUGACUUUUCCUCUGAAUUCAUGCCUCAAGUAUAUGUACCCACCACCUUCAAGCACAAUCCUAGCAAAUAUAGUAAAUGCUUUGGCAAGUGUGCCUAAGUUCUAUGUGCAGGUGCUUCAUCUUAUGAAUAAAAUGAAUUUGCCCACACCUUUUGGACCAAUUACUACCCGGCCUCCCAUGUAUGAGGACUAUAUGCCAUUACAUGCACCUCUUCCACCUACAUCUCCUCAGCCACCAGAGGAACCUCCUUUGCCAGAUGAGGAUGAGGAAUUAUCUAGUAAAGAAUCAGAAUAUGAAAGCAGUGAUGAUGAAGACCGUCAGAGAAUGACCAAACUAAUGGAACUGGCAAAUCUUCAGCCCAAAAGACCAAAACCAGUAAAGCAGCGCCAUGUGAGAAAAAAGAGAAAAAUAAAGGAUAUGUUGAAUAUACCAUCAUCUAUUUCACACAGCAGUUUACAUCCAGUGUUGUUACCUUCGGAUGUAUUUGACCAACCACAACCUGUAGGUAAUAAAAAAAUUGAAUUCCAUAUAUCUACUGACAUGCAAGCUGCAUUUAAGAAAGAUUUAGAAAAGCAACAAAAUUGUGAAGAAGAAAAUUGUGACUUACCUGCAACUGAAGCUGAUGCAUCUAAUAUAGGAUUUGGAAAAAUCUUCCCCCAACCAAAUUUGAACACCACAGAGGAGAUUAAAGACGACUCUGAUGAAAUGCCAUCAGAAUGUAUUUCUAGAAGGGAGUUGGAAAAGGGCAGAAUUUCUCGAGAAGAAAUGGAAACACUUUCAGUUUUUAGAAGUUACGAACCUGGUGAACCAAACUGUAGAAUUUAUGUAAAGAAUUUAGCUAAACAUGUUCAGGAAAAGGACCUUAAAUUUAUUUUUGGAAGAUAUGUUGACUUUUCAUCAGAAACACAGCGGAUAAUGUUUGAUAUACGUUUGAUGAAAGAAGGUCGCAUGAAAGGACAAGCUUUCAUUGGACUUCCAAAUGAAAAAGCAGCAGCAAAAGCGUUAAAGGAAGCUAAUGGAUAUGUUCUUUUUGGAAAACCUAUGGUGGUUCAAUUUGCUCGAUCUGCUAGACCAAAACAAGAUUCUAAAGAAGGAAAAAGAAAGUGUUAAAAAUUAGUAAAGAAGCAUCCCUGCGUAAAUACUGCUGUAAUACUGUCAUACAAAGUGUAUCCUUUCUUGUCGUAUCCUUUUGGGGCAGUGUUUUUUUUAUUUUCCUAGAAGUGUUUUGUUUCUCCCCAACCCACUGAUCCAGCUUAAGCAAUAUUUUUUUUUUUUACAAUGUAUUGAAAUUAAGUAUUUCUAAAAUUAUCUGUGUUGAUUGAACAAAUCUUUUAUGUGGUUUUUAGAUUUGUUGCUGAAUUUUCUGUGCUGUCCUUUAGGUUAUGUCGUUUUUCCAGAGAAAGUUAGUGAAUCAGGUCGACUUAUUUACUUGGAGAAUGGAUGCAUUCACUUUAACACAGAUUUUAUUCUUCUUCUAUUUAUAUAUUUUCUAAGUCUAAUUGAGUAACAUAAAUGCUUUCUCUUUCAUGGUGUAUCUGGUUUAGGUGUUCUCUAUAACCUGUUAUAAAAUUUGACUGGGGAAAGGGUUUUUUUCCCCCUAUAAAAAAUACAUGUGUUGAAAAUUUAAAUAACUGAAUUUCAGUGUGAAUUCCAGAUAAAAGUAGCAAACAUCUGAGGUUUUAUUAUGGAAAUCUCCUUUGAGAUAGCAAGUAGAAGUAUCUUUUUUCCCUUUUUUUUUCUAAACAAAAUAAAAGGAGUCAGAAAAGAGUAGCAGAGAGGGAAAAAGAUAAAGUUGACUCAGGGUAGCACAGUAAGUGGAAAGAAACAGUUCUGGUAGGUAUGUAAGAGCAGUGGUUUAAGUAAAAAGUAUUUUGCUUGGAUUUCUUCCUAGAGUUUUGUUUUAAUUGGUCUGUAUUUCUGCGUAGAUAUCAGUAUUUUCUAACCUCACAGAGCAUUGGUUCUAAUGUACAACCAAGGUUGAGAACCACUGAGGAGGGAUUUUUAUAUGUUAAGAUUCCUGGAUUCUAUCAUAGAACUGAUAGAUGAGAAUCUCUGGAAUCAGGACCAAGAAUCUAAUUUUCCCUUAGUGGUUCUAAGGACUGACCAAUUUGAGUACUGCUUUGGUAGAUUAAACUGAUUACGUGGAUCCAAGACAUCACCCUAGCCACCUAAACUUUUAUUAGUAGGAAAAUACAACAUUGGAGGCUUUGCAUCCCUUUUCUUGCAAAUCCUACUAAUAGUACUAUGAAAACAAUGCAAAAUUCUGUUGUUAAUCAUUAUCAUUCAAAGAGUACCAAAAGCAGGAAAUAUUGAAAUUGCUGUUGCUUUUUUCUAUUGGCACAGUUAAAAUUUUUAUUUUUUAAUGUUAUAAGUCAGUUUAUAUGCUGUUAGAUCAUUAAAAUUUUGUUGCACUGACAUGAUUCACUAAUUUUCUAAAUAUAAAUGUUCUAGCUUUUAGUUAUUUUAGAACUAGUGAACUGUUCAGUAAUCAUUAUUUUUAAUGAAUUUUUAUGGUGUUUUAGGUACCUUUUAUCUCUCAAGUGCUUUCCACCUUUGUGGAGAUGAAAUUGACCACCUGGACUAUGGAACUGUGCGUAAUAGCUUUUAAAGUGUAUUUAAAAAUUAAAUCUAUAUGCAUUUAAAUCAGUUUAUUAGAGAUCUGUCACAUGUAUUUUAAUCAUCUUCCUCAUAUAAUAAAUUAUUUUCUUUCCAAUUAAAAUAAUGAUCUUAAUUUUUCUUUGUUAUCUAUAUGUUGAGGAAAGUGUAAUUUGAUAAUUACAUAAAUUUUUUUAUCAUAAUUUUAUAAUACUAAAUAGAAAUUUUCUUUUAUGGUUACAAAUAUUGCCCUUUUUCAUUCUCACUUGUAUACUGAUGCACUUAACACUUUUUUUAAUAGUAAUCUUAUUUUUUGUAAUUAUUCUCAGAGUAGUUUUGCUUGGCUGAGUUUUGAUGAUUUUGAUGUUGUUGUUUUGAUUUUGUUUUUUCUCUUAAGUGGUGGGGGAUUUUUCACAGGUUAGGGAAUUUGUAUACUUGCCCUAACAGUUUUUCAUUGUUGUGUCUGCCAGUGUAUCAGAAUGUCAUGCAGUGGUAUAAAUGUUUCCUAUAUUAUUCUGUUCCCUUAGUAAAAUUAACUUCAGCUGUAUGUUAAGUAGGAAACAUUGAUAUGUUUUAUUGAAUUUGUUCUGGUUGAUACUCUUCUGUGAGUAUGUAGUAACAGUUUUACCUUAGAGUCACUUAGAUCUUUGUUGGAAUGAUGUUGUAUAUUACAGCUUCCUCCCUUUUACUCAUAGCUUUGUGAAAUAAGGUAAGUGAAAAAUUUAAAGGUAGGAAAUAGAAGAAUGGAGAUUUGAACCCUGGCACAUGCUAAUAUUUAGAUGUCAAGUGGUAAGAAAACUUGACUAAGAGUAGGUAAUCCCAAAUGAAUAAAGAAGCUCAACUAGGAAGGAGUGAUUAAAUAUGUUAGGUCUGUUGAUGAUGUAAGAAAGAUGAGUUCCGAAGACAACUGUUAAGGAGUCUUGCUCUCUGAGGGAAUGGUGAAAUGGGUUGUUAAUACAAGGAGAUAUAGUAUCAAGAAGGUUUUGUUUUUAUUUGAUAAAGAUCGAAAAUAUAGCAGAUUUGUAUGGCCUAAUGUAGUAGAGAAAAAAUAAAGACAUGAUGCAGGAGUGAGAGAAAUGUCACUGGAGCCAUAGAUAUGAUGUAUAAAUAGAAGGGUUAGUUUUAAAGAUGGGUGUGUAAACAGCUCAUUAAUAGCAGUGGAAGGAAGGGCAGAUUAUAAAGAUCUAGAUAUUUGCAGUUUGGUAUAUCUAAUGGGAGCAUAUAAAAUUUUUGUUAUAUUUUCUCAGUUAAUAGGAAGCAAGGUCAUGAAGUAGAGGGAUGAAGUGUUGGGGAAAAAUGGAUUGAGGAAAGAUGUAAUAUAGAUAUUUAGGGAAGUGAGAAAAAGACGCUUAGAAGGAUUGCUGGAUAUUACUUAAAAAGUGCCUACUUGAAGUCCAUGGUUGUUAAUUUAAUUGAGAUCAGUCAGUGUGGUUUUGUGUUUUUCCCAGUUUAGCCUUUGUACUGCUAUUGAGUGGACAGUCAGAUUUUUAAAGUUGGAAUUUCUUCACAUGAAUAUAACAAAAAGUGAGAGGGGAAAGGUGUUGACAUAAUCAAAAGAAUGAUUAUGAAGGAGGGACAUGGAAAGUAAUCUGGUAAUGAGCAAAUUGAGAAAAUUGAGUUUCAGGCACAAUGGAGAAAUGGUAUGAUCCACUGAGAUUGCAGUGUGGUUGAAGAUGUGUUGUUAUUUCCUAGAGGUAGGAAAUUUGGGAGGUUGAAAUAGAGUAACGGACUGAGAUUGAAAAUAUUAGAGUACCAUAAUUAGUAACUUCUAGAAUGGAGUAUGGUAGUUGAGUGAAAGUGAGGUUAUAUAAAGAUAUGAAUUCAAGAAAUUAAGAAACUUGGAUAUUGAAAGGAUCAUAUGCAUUUUUUGAAAUGAUCAUUAAUUAUUAUAGGAAUAGUGAGCCAAAAGCUAAAUUAUUCCUUGGAAUGUGUAAAUUUGUCAGGUUUAUGACAGUCCACUCCAGUAUUCUUGCCUGGAGAAUCCCAUGGACAGAGGAGCCUGGUGGGCUACAGUCCAUGGGGUCGCAAAGAGUUGGACACAACUGAGUGACUAACACAAACACACCAAAAAAGAAUAUUUUUUAAAAUCAACCUAAAUAAAACCCUGGAGUCCCUAUCCUGUUGUAGUGUUGAGAAUUUCAGCCUUAAUAGUUCACUGAAAAAUAGUGUUUUUAAAGUGGUUUUACAGGUAUAGGUUCUAAAUUCAAAUCUUGUGUCCAUGCCUUAGUUGCUUUAAGACAUUUUUUCCCCAUUUUCCAUGGGAAUAAUAAAAAUGGCUACCUUGAGACUAUUAUAAAGAUGAUUAGAUGGAUAUAAAAUACUUAAGUCUGGUGUUGUGUAUGUGUAUGUAUAUAUAUAUAUAUAGAGAGAGAGAGAGUGUGUCACAUUUUCAAUAAAUAUUAGCUCUCGUAGUGGUGGUUGUGAUGGUUCUCAACUCACCCUGAUACUGAAGGUGAUAUAAAAAUUCUGAGACUUUCAGUAAAAAUUCAGUCAUCUUUCCACCUCAGUUAUCACUGAGAUGCCCAGAUUCUUCCUUGCCACACCUAGGGAGCAGGAAACUAUUUGAAAAGUUUAGGAUCUUUGGUGUCUAGAAAUUAUGGAGAUGGAGAAGUGCUUACAUAGCAAGAGCCCAAAUAGCUAGUCUGUCAUGGAUUUUCAGUUAUUUUAAACAAUAGUAACUUUUUCCUUUUGCCAGAGAGAUUUGGCACACUGGCCAAGUGUAGGUCAGACAUUUCACCUCUGAGGCAAGAAGUGAAGUUUCAUAUAAAACAUGUGACUUGAAAGUUGGGAAUAGACUUGUUCUCUCAAGGAAAAGCAUAGCAUUGUAAAAUAAAAAAAGAAACUUAGAUAUUAGGCAGCCAAAAACAAAUGUUUUGCUACAAUAUGAAGUCUAUAAAAACUCUUUUUGCCAUGUGGUUGUUUUCCAUUUAUGCCUUUUACAAGGGCCUGGGAUAGUGUAAAGCAAAGGAGGUUCCUAGGGUGUAAAAUUUAAGGAGGCAUAUAGUUUCAAGUAAUUCAAGUGCUCUUCACCUUACCCUAGUCAUUAACAGAAUGAGCAUAAUCCUGAUUAUGUAAAUCAACAAAUUAAA